GUUGCAUUUUUCUCAAACGCCAAUUUCUCAACAUCCUUUCUCAUUCUCUCAAGUUGUUGAUUGUAACAUGAGAGAAAGAAUGGAAAGACUUGUGCUUCUUCCUUUCACCAUUGGUUGUGUUUCUGAAUCAAGCAUUGCUGUUGGUGCACAACAACAGCCCAGAAGAUCAAAAUCAGAUACAAAUCCAUCUCCAAUAAGAACCAAAGAAGAAGAAGAGGAAGAGGAGGAAGGAGAUGGCUUAUCAAGUGGUGAGAACAUGAAGAACUCAUUUAGAUCCCUCGCUCUUUCAAAACCAAACAUAUCUGUUGGUAUACAUAGGCUCUCCAAGGGUUUCAAGACUUUUUCUCAAUUGUUUGUGUACAAGGAUGAAAUGGAAGAAGAAGAACUGGAAAUGGAUAUGGAAAUAGGGUGUCCUACAGAUGUGAAGCAUGUGACACACAUAGGUUUGGAUGGUUCUGCUUCUGCUGCAACAACUGACCCAAUUCAUAAGGGCUCUAGGGAUGAUCUCAUAUCUCCUGUUUCUUGGAGGCAGUUUGAGCUCUCGAGGUUUUCACAACCUGAUGCUGAUGCUGUCAAUGUCAAUUUCAAUGGCUCCUCUUCAUGAAUACUUGUCCAUUAAUUCAUGGAUUGAUGGAUCGAUAUGUGAUCAUAUAUUUAACACUGUAAAUCAUUGCCAGAUCCAAACCAGAGUUCUCUGUCCUCCCUACUUAGAUUUCCACGUAUUGGUCUCUUGGUGCUUUAAUGUUGUGAUGAGAUAAGUGAUGAUUAUACAUAUUAUAAAUAUAUAUAUAUAAUGUGAGAUGUGGCAUUCAACA